AUGUUAUUCAGCCGUAGGAAUGAUAGGAGGCGAACAGCCGCUGUCGUUGUCCGAUGGGUGCUAUGUUGUAAGUUAUACAAGCAUAGAAAAUACUAUCUAUAUUCUACAAGUACUCCUGUAACGUGA